CCUAGAGGCUAAGAGGACUUUACCUAUUUCAUCUCUAUAUAUAUACACCCUAAACUGAAACGGCAAUCAUCAUCUGAGAGAGACACACAAGAGAGGAGAGAGAGAGUAUUUGUGAAUGGAGGUAGGAGAUGUACUAGACGAGAUGAAGAGGCAGUUGAAGCUCGGGUUGCCGAUUUCCUUCACCUAUGUGCUCAACUUGAGCCUCGUAUUCGUGGCUCUCAUGUUCGUCGGUCACCUGAGCGACAGCCAGCACGUCUUCGCCGGGACAGCGUUGGCCACCAGCUUUUCUUUUGUCACUGGAUUCAGCAUGAUGCGCCGGCGCGGCUUUAGGCAGUGCCGCCAGGAGAAUCGAACGCGGGGGGCUGUAUUCCGUAGAGAGUGUGGAGGAGCGCCGGAGGGCGGGUUCCAUGAGGCCGCCGGCAGCACGGGCGCAGGCGAGCCGGCGGCUGAGGUCCGUCGAAUCCCGUUGGCACUAGGGCUCCUGGUUGAGGAGGAGCGGUUGCGCUCGAACUGCUAGUCCAAAUCGAUAAGUUUUUUUUUUAUUGAGCUUAGUCCAAAUGGAUAUACUGCGGGAGGGCUAUGCCGGAAUAAUUGAAUGUAAAUAUAUACUGCUUGACUGGCUGACUUUGUAAUCUAAGCUAACCAGUUUUCUUCAAUGGCUUACUGCUCCGUAGGACUAUAUAUAUACCACUGUAGUCUUACAUUCUUACAAUACAUCGGCAUAGGCCAUGCAUAUUGUUGGCAAUACAUGUGUAUGACCUUCCUCAAACUGAUGUGUUUUCCUAGUGUCCUCAUAAGCUAAACUACUUGAUUUUUUUCCUUGCUUAAUUUGAACCUUCUUAAGUACAGUUAUGUGCUUGCAUUCUUUGAAAAAUAUUUAACCAUCUAUACUAGUAAUUCAUAUUUUUGGCCUUCAAUUCUAUUGCCACAUAUUUGAUGAUGUGUGGCCACAUUACUUCAAGAAUUUUGACCUUGGAUUUCAAUUUGGCCUUGUAAGCAAUAUUCAUACAUUCGGCAGAAAAUACAAAUUCCCGGAAUGGUGCUUACGAGUUAGUACUAUAUUUUACUAUCACCAUAUAUAAGUUCCAUACAUGCACCUAAGGGUAUGUUUUUCUUCGUGUCUAGAAGGAAAAUUAACAAUUAUUUAUUUAAUCUGCAAGUGUAGCGAAACAUGUAUUUUACAGACUUCAUUAUUGAGGUAUAAUGUUUCAUUCCUUUUUA